AUGGCUCCCUCAUUCCGGCUCGAACCGAGGUCCUUCACGCCCCCGUCGGACCAUGAGCCCCUUCGGGUGAGCUUCAGCACCUCGUGCCAAAAGGGUCGCGGCGAGGGCAACCGCCUCUACCCAGCGACGCACCUACAGCUGUCGUACCGGUUCGAGGACGGGGCAGAAAUGUUUGGCAAAGUGCUCACGGCUCGGGACGUUUACGACGAGACGGGCGGCGGCGACAGAUACUCGAUCGCUGUUCCGAGGCGGGACGUGCCCCUCGUGAGAAGGACGAAGGAGGGUUCGAGCGCGACGGCGGCAGUGACGCUGCACGCGUGGAAGGGCGAGACGUAUCUAGGCAACUGUUUGGUCGGCGAGGCUGCCGGCCUCUCCUUUGGGGACGAGCCGCUGGCUCCCCGAAGACACGGUCGGGCGAGAUGA